AUGUGUCAUCUUCAGGCAAAAUUCAAUAAAUUCGGAGUGAAGAACAAGGUGUACGGUUUCAAGUACUCUCGUAACGUUACGGCCGUCCAAGAGGUGGUUAAACAGAUUCAGAAGUUCUUCGAUUCGGAAGCAAUGAAAGAGCAUAUUCAAGAGCUGGUGAACUUCUCGGAUUCCGACUUACCUAGUCACUUUGAUGCUCGACUGAAGUGGCCACAAUGCCCUUCGAUUUCAAAAAUUCCAAAUCAGGGAGGCUGCGGAAGUUGUUAUGCGGUGGCAGCUGUUGGAGUGGCCUCAGAUCGGGCGUGCAUACAUUCGAACGGAACGUUUAAGGCAUCAUUGAGUGAAGAGGACGUGUUAAGCUGUUGCAAUGUUUGUGGUAACUGCUACGGUGGUGACCCACUCAAGGCGCUCAUAUAUUGGGUCAAGCACGGUAUUGUGACUGGUGGUCGCGAUGGUUGCCGACCAUACUCCUUCGAUAGAUCCUGUGGUGUUCCGUGCCCGCCUACUACCUUCUUUGCGGCAGAAAAAAGCCGCACGUGUGUUCGUCGAUGUCAAGAUAUUUACUACCAUAACAGCUAUGAUGAUGACAAGCACUAUGCUACGCUUCCAUACUCGAUGUACCCUAGAACCAUGACGGUGACAGAUGACGGAAAUGUGAAAGUACAAGUGCCGACUAUCGUAGGUCAUAUCAACGAGACGGCGUCUUCUCCACUAGAUCUCGACCAAAUUCGAACUAUUUUGAAAAAAGAAUUAUUCCUGUUCGGCCCAAUGACGAUGGCAUUCCCUGUGCCAGAAGAGUUUUUACAUUACUCCUCAGGGAUUUUCCGACCAUAUCCUCAUGAUGACUUCGAAAAUCGUAUCAUUUACUGGCACGUCGUACGACUAAUUGGAUGGGGUCGUGCUGAAGACGGAUCUCACUACUGGAUUGCAGUUAACAGUUUUGGCGAGCACUGGGGAGAGUCAGGUGUUGUGAAAAUGAACACAGAUUUGAUGGAAACGUACGGACUGGAAUACGAAACUGCACUCGUUUGA